AUGCUACCUAAACAGCAGAAAGCUCGACCUCAGCUGCAAGUUCCAGUGCCAAACUUCCCUUUGUCGUCGCCGAUCAGCGAGGAAAUCGCCAGUCCGUCGUGCUCCUCGGCCGAAGAUCAGGAUGAGCAGAAUAGGCCCUUUGCCUUUCUGUCCAAGGCGACCAGGCUUAAGAUCGAGGCACAGACUGCACAUCGGGAAAGUCGAAGGGAAUCGUCUAGGUUGAAUUUCCGGGGCAUCACGAAGAAACGAAAGAGCGUCGCUAAGCCGGUCGGUCUGAAUCUCGUCACGGAAUUCAACUUGGCUCCAGUGCCAGCACAAAGGAAACGCAUAGUUACGAAUGAAGAGUCAGCGGCACCCUUCGUUGACCUGAAUGACUUAAAGCUGCUAUCGAAAGUGCGGGAAAAGGAACGGUCUACACAGAAGUCUAAGUCGACAUACAAAAAGAAACCAUCGCGUGGAUUCCAGCUUUUGCCCGAAGAACCUAUUCAUAAUGAAGGACAUGGCAAUCCAUAUCUGAACCCCGACAACGAAGACCCCUUCCACGAUCGACAUGAACAUGGACUUUCGCCGUCAGAUCGCAAUGUGAUGAUCGGACUCACUGUACCGCAUGGCGAGUCUAUCGAGCGGUCCAGGGAAGCCGAUGGCUCAGGAACACCCCUCACACCUUCGAUUCUGAUCACGCCGGCGAAUGAAGAGGCACUAUGGAACGCCCAUUCGAAUGCGAGCUCCGAAAUGCUUCGCCCAAGAGUGGCUUCGAGUGUUUAUUCCCAGCCCACGCCUCGACUCUGGCAAUUUGAUAAUGACGUCCCACCCGUGCCGGCUAUCCCAGCCCAGCAUUCCGUGGUGAAAGACAGCUACGAGGGACCGAAGAGAUUGGACGUGGAACCUCGAAGCCAGCGUCCAGCAUCAGUCGAUACGUGGGAGGAUGUCAGCCUACCUCCAUCUCCAAACAAAAAGCCGCACACUCUAUCAGUUAUCACCGACCCGGAGGCAGAUAGACCCCAAUCCCAGGGCUGGUGGACAUAUCUUCUUUCGCCGCUGCUGGGCCGUUCAGCCAAAUCGCCUCUCAGCCCAUCUUUUCCUCGUGAAUCGCCCACUACGCCAUCAACAUCGAAUACACCAGCACGAACAGCUCCGAAAGACUGGCCCCGGGAAAAGGAAAUAUCAUGCUUCUCACCAGAUACUCCGGCAACACCAGGCCCAAUCGGAGGACACGGACAUCCAGCCGAAUGGCGCGAACGAGGAAAGGAAAUCUCAUGCUUUUCACCAGACACGCCGGAGACAGCAGCUCCAAUGGGCGAGAAGGCAUUUGAAUUCGCCCGGUCAAUGGAAGCAGAGAAGUAUGACCAGAGUCAAAUUCAAGAAAGGCAACAGUCCCCGCCACCAGCCUAUGUCUCGAAUGUCUCUAGCAGGCAAAAUGUCAUGUCAUUUGUCUUCAACAACGGCCAGACAAUCGAGGGCGAGGCGGCGGAGUACUACCAGGCAUGUGCGCAUGAACUUUUCAGCAAGACGCCGUACUUUCAAUGCUGCAAUCAUGUCUGCUCGAUCACACCGGUCAAUGUCACCAUUCCCCCUGGAGCUGACGGUAAUCGGAACGUGGCAUUUGCUUCUGUAGACGCUUCACAUCCGUACGAUGGGCUGUCUGGGCUUGAAGAAACGCGUGGAGGCCCCAAUGCUCCAGUCGCAGAUUCGACCACGUCGACUAAGAAUGCCGGAUUGCUUAUUGACAUUGACUCGCCGCGUCCGUCUAGCAUCGCCCAUACAGCAGCUCCAUCCGAGUCUGCAGGUCAUGCGAAAGAAGUUCAGACCAAAUCGCCUGCGUCUGAUACAAGCGGUGAUUCUUGGGAUUCACCUAUUGCCAGUGACGAUGGAAAGAGUUCGGCGCCACCACCGAUCUCUAGAAAACCCGUGCCAGCACCUCAAUCGCAGGCUCCUGCACCAGUUCCGGUUCCAGUUCCGGCUGAGACAACCGAGCGGGAGAUUGCAGCCCAGCCUGUGCCGGCCCCAGCGGCUGUUCCAAUGCCAGAACCCCAGGCGCCCGCCCCGGCUCCACUCCCUAUGCCCGAGCCUGCCCCUGCCCCCCAGAUCACCACCAACGUCUCUCCCCCAGUGAUCAAUGUGCAUUAUCCACCACACCCGGAGCAGCAGCUACAGCCACAGCCACAGCCGAUAAUAGUUCCACAAUAUGUUCCUACUUUCCCUUACACUCAGCCUGGACCACCGACAGAGCCAUUCGUACAAGCACCACUGGCACAAGAGCAACCACAAGCGGAGACUAGAGAAAUUCCAGACGCGCCAAUUUAUCCACAAGGCUCAGCAAUUGCUACUCCCAGAGCGGAAUGGCCAUGGGGACAAAACGCACAGCCAAAACAGGAGCCGCAGCCUCAUGUAGAGCCUCAAAAGCCUGUUUCCCAGGAAUUAUUCAAGGACUUUGCGUGGGCUUAUGAUCAAAAUGAACCACAACAGCCUGCUGGUGCCACGCGAGCAUUGCCUGGAUCUGCACAGCCGCCUCCUGAGCCAGCAGCCAUUGAACAAGUUCGACGAGCCCCCAGUCAGCGAACAAACCACUUGCUAGGUCCACCUGUCAUUCAAGGACGGCAGUCUGGAUCGGGGUGGCCGUUUGCGCAAAAUGCACACCCUCACACUAAUGCUCCACCUGUGCCCCCGAUGCCACAAACAAUACCUGAUGAAUCUGAUUUCCAAAAUCGACAAAGACAAGAGUCCGAACAACCCCAGGCUCAACCCCAAAUUACGGCAUCUGACUCUUCUAGUGGAGAGCGAGCAAUACCCGCAGGACUCGUUUUAGCUCCUACGCAUGGACAGUCGCAAGAUUCUGAGCCCAUAUCUCCCGGAUUCCAGCGUGCAGCUGGAGGCCCAGGGUCAAUUCCCAUGGCUGAUAUGCCAGCACCGGCUCCCGCAUACACCCAAUUUGCUCGUGGGAGUACUGGUCCGCCAAACUACGGUCUUCACCCACCCUAUCAAUCCAACUAUGUUGAGAAUGCGACAAUAGUGAACCCCAGUGGAGCCAUCGGGCCUCACGAGGCUCGUCGUCGCAGAUUAGAGGAUGAGGACAAGUUCGGACGGAAGGCCUGCGGCCUACGUUCGUUAUUCAAGCAGAAGAAUGGACGCGCGGGACGUGAAGGUCGAAUCCGCAGAAGGUGGUAUAUCCUCAUCUGCCUGUUCUUCUUCACCAUUGUGAUGAUCGCCAUCAUUCUGGCAGUCACAUUGACGAGAAAGGGGACAUCGACCGCCGUUCAAUCCCAGUGGCUCAAUCUCACCGGCUACCCACCCAUGCCGACGGGCGUCGCAACCCUCGCUGGAACAGAGCCUCAGCUCGAAAGGUCAACUUGUAUCACUCCAUCUUCGAUGUGGAGCUGCGCUCUGCCCAAGAACCAGCAGGAGUCCAAUGAGCCAUACAAUGCAAACCAGCCUAACUUCCGUGUCUCGAUCCUCUUCCAAAAUGGCACAUACGACAACAGCACUACCGUAUCAAGCUCUACCCGGCGCGUGAAGAGAAACGAUCAAUUCAAUCCCUCGCCUGCUGCACCAGAUGAUGACGACCAAACCUUCAUGGGCCAAUACACAGACAAUAAUACUGCUCCUUACGCCGGCGAGGAAACCCCCUUCUACAUGUCCAUGCUUUCGCCCGUCUCCCUCUCAUCAACAAACGUCUACCGCCGCUCCCUCGACUCAAACGGCACCUCCUACCCCAACAUCUCAGCUAUCAUCCCAGCCCCAGACGAGAACUCCGACGGCUCAGCCGCCGCCGCAAUGCUCUACCCUCUCCCCUCCGCCCAGCCAAUCCGUCUCUACAACCGCGGCCAAUCCACCGAGCACUACGGCUUCUACACAUACUUUGACAAAUCCAUCUUCCUGACCUCGCAAGACAAGAGCGCAUCAGUCGAUUCCAACGGCGGAACCACCAAAGAAAAAGCAAAUUACCGAUGCACCUGGUCUCAGACCCGAUUCCUCGUGCAGAUCUGGACGAAGGCCGAUCAGCUCAAUCGCCGUUUACUUCCUUACGGUAAUGUCACGGCGACCAGUACAUCUGCCGCGGCAACGCCCACGUCAACAAGCACGACUCCGACCUCGUCGUCCUCUGCAACGAAUUUCUCGCGCCCUGGUUCCUUCCCGUACCCGGUUACCAUUACUGUUGAUCGGCACGGUGGCGCAGAGAAGAAGAAGAUGGUUUACUGCUAUCCUGUGGAUGAUGGACACUACAAUAUUACGGGUGUGCAACUCCAGCUUGAAGAGCGGGAUGUUGGAGGUGAACUGGUUAAUCCUGCGAUGGGACUCUUCAAAGGAAUAAGUGGGACUAAGAAUUCGACUGUUGAGAACUAUGGGGGUGUCGAUGGAGGGUCUGGAGGGUGUGGAUGCCAAUGGGUGAAUUGGAUAUCUACACUGUAG